AUGGGUAAUUGCAAUCAUAGUUUUGUUUUCGUGCUUCCUCUGAUCAUUAUAAUCUCUCUGUUUAAUAGUACUGCAGGAGAACAAUCGAACGAGAGAGUGGAUUCCAUCUGCAACCAAACCUCAAAUCCUAAGUUCUGUGUCGAUGCCAUAUACACCGAUCCUCGUGCUCCAGACGCUAAUAUGGUUGCGCUCGCUUAUAUCUCCUUUGGCUUAGCAUUCACCAACGCUACGAACACACUAUCCUUCAUUAAAGAACUUCAAUAUCAACGAUUCAAUGGGCCUCAGGGUAUCUUUGGUCUGAAACAAUGUGGCCUUGCUUACAGAAAGGCAAAGAACGCACUUGAUACAGCCCUCAUCGACUUGGAAUCUGAUACUUAUGAGCUUGAACAGUACGCGGCUGUUGCUGCUCAGUCCGCAGACCGUUGCGAGCAUAGCUUGAAUUCAACUAGGAUGAUGAAACAGAUUUCAGUACGUUCACGAUUGAUUAGGAGGAAUACAGAUUUGAAACUAUUGGCUGGAAUUUGUUCUGUCAUCUCAUCAAAGCUCGUUCGAUAA